AUGGCGGUCGUGGUCGAGGAGAAAUCAUCAUCGACAUCUAUGUUGUCUUUUUUAACAGACAACGCCAUCGCCGCCACCAUCGCAGACUCCUACUCCGGUCUCUCAGCGAGGCGGAAGUUAUUGGGCCUCGAAAAUCCCGGGACAGUCGACAACAUCGCGCGCGAGGUCCAAAAGGAUGUUCUCCUGUCUAAUUUCAUGUUCUCGGGCUUGCGCUGCGACUUGCAAAAGGUCUUCAGCAUAAACCCUCUAUUCCGCUUACAACAUGGCUUUGCCAUGGGCUCCCAAGCUCUACCACCAUGGCAACUGAUGGCUCUGUAUGGCAAUUCUGAUGUUUUCAUGCAAGCUGCCUACUCGAGCGACCGAUCUUUGACUGCUUGGGGCAACCUGAGAUGGUCCCCACGAUUCGUGACCAAGACGCAGACCUCAAUUGAUCCGCGACAGACCCAGACAAUGGUCCAAAUCGAGAACGAGUACACGGGUAAUGAUUUCACGGCAUCAGUCAAGGCCCUCAGUCCGUCGAUCCUGGAAGGCGGCCUCACGGGUAUCUUCAUCGGAAGCUACCUGCAAUCAAUCACACCAAAGCUUGCAGUGGGGCUUGAGGGUGUAUGGCAGCGACCCGCGUUGAACAGCAAACCUGAGACUGCCUUGUCGUACUGCGCAAGAUACAAGAGCACCGACUGGAUUGCUAGUGCACAAUGGUUGAGCCAAGGCUCUUUGGGAGCUACAUACUGGAGACGAUUGACAGACAAGGUUGAGGCCGGUGUCGACUGUCAACUAUCAUUUGCUGCUGGUGCGAGCAUGUUUGGAGGUCCACGACGGGAAGGCACGACGACUGUUGGUCUCAAAUACAGCUUCGCGAAUUCAGUCUAUCGUGCGCAAGUCGACAGCACUGGCAAGUUUGGUGUUGUACUCGAGAGACGGGUAGCACCUCCAGUGACAUUGACUUUUGCAGCAGAGAUCGAUCAGUGGAAGAACACCCACAAGCUUGGUGUUGCUGUCUCUCUGGAGGGUGCUCCGGAAGAACUGCAAGAAAUCAUGGAGCGUCCAGAGAACCAGAGCGCCAUUCCACCGCCAAUUUAG